GUUGCAGUCCCGAAAAUUUGAAGAAAAAUGAUGAUGGCACGAGGUAAUAUUGGAAAACUACACCUGUUUUCUUCUCUCAGCGUUCACUUUGUCACUCGCCGUGCAAAAGUGGACAGUGGGUUGCAUUUUCAAGGUUCUUCAGACAUUUCGUGGUAGUUUAAUUUAUUGAAUCAUCGGGGAAACGGGACGAUGAUAUCAAAACGUCCCACUGUUAAAAAUAUGCUCCUAAAAUUUGAAUGCGAUGAUUUUCGUUGGCAUCAACAAUCUGGCUGUCAUAGUUGAUCAGUCAGUGAAUGAAGCUUGGUCAAGAAGCAGCGGAAGAGGUAUCGCGCGUUGAAACGGACAAGACUACACUCAUACAUACGCACAGGAGUACAGAACAGCCCGAAACAAUUGGGAAAGCGUUCCUGAUUGUGGCUGGAACGAUUUACUCAUUGAAAAACUUGGAUUCUAACGCAGGUGGAACAGAAAAAUCGAAUUCUUUCUGGCGCUACUCUACCUCCACUCGGAGCCCGAGAAGGUGAUGUUUGCCGUCUGAAACGGGAUCGUCAAUUUUUCGACAGAUUGACUUUCCGAGCUAUUUUUUCGUACGGAAAACAACUGAACGAGUUAAAUUGUGCAGUUUGAGUACGCUUGCGAGAUGAACGGAACUUUUGAUGGAAAAUCGUCAAGCUCAUCAUCAUCGUCCUCAUCUGGAGGAGGUGGUGCUGCUGGAAGUAAUAAUUCCACCGGUGGAAGCAGCGGAGCAGUGCAUCAUCAGGGCAAAGCUCCUCGUAACUACAAGCUGAUAGCGGAUCCAUUUAUUCAUAAAGGUGUUCCCAAAAUCUAUCGAUAUGAUGGAAUUGUUCCGGGUGAUCCCACAUAUCCACCCGUUAUACCGAGGGAUCCACGAAAUCCACUAGCAAGGAUAAGGUCACGUUUGGAGACGUUGGAUAUACCGGUUCCAAGGUUCAAAAUUGACCAGCACUAUAUUGGCGAACCACCGGCUAUUGAGAUCACUAUCAGCAACCUGAAUGAUAACAUCGACAAGCCAUUCUUAUCGGAUAUGCUAGCAAAGUGUGGGACCUACACUGAGCUUUACAUCUACUAUCAUCCGAUAACCCACAAGCAUUUGGGAUUGGCACGUAUCGUGUUUGAAAAUGUUCGCUCGGCUCGCUUAUGCGUGGAAAAAUUGAAUGGAACGUCAGUUAUGGGAAAGGUGCUGAGUGUCUUCAAGGAUGCGUUUGGCGAAGGAUGCAAACGUCUGUUGGAUGAAAGAACUAAUGAAAGAAAGAAACCUCCGCCCCCGCCUCCACCAUCACGACCUGUGAAACCACCAACUCCCAGUUUACCUACUAAGUACGGUAUAGAAUCCAAGGCUCCACCACCCAAACCGCCUUUACCGCCAGUUUCUUCGAGCUCAGUAUCUCGUCAUGGUCGUGGAGGUGCUGGAGGAGGAGGCCAUGUGAAGCUGUUGAACGAUGAGGAUAACUGGGAUUGUGAUGAGCCUGUCGUGGUUAGAUCAAAAGCAGCUCCUCUGCCUGUACCGUCGACUUCAUCGACAAAAAGCGCCCUUGCAGAUGAAACUGAUUUGUGGGACUCGGGCGAAUGUUCCGGAAGCGCUGGUAACAGUCAGGAUUCCAGUUACUUCAGUAAGGAUAAAUACUCGUCGACCAGUAAAAUUAACAGUCUCCCGGAUGAAUGGGACGAUGACAGUAGGGGUAAGGAGAAAUAUUAUGAUCGCAAGGAUCGAGACAGGAAACACGGCGAAUAUCAACAAAAAAGCGAGCGACGGAUACGUGAUAGAGAUUGGGAUCGAGGGAGAGACAGAGAUAGGGAUAGAGAGCGUGAUCGUGAUCGUGACCGAGAUAGAGACCGAGAGCGUAACCGAGAUUGGGACACCAGGGAAAGGGAUCGCUACGGUCGUGAUCGAGACAACAGACGAAGUAAGAGUAGUGGCGGUUAUUGGUAUGGUGAUUCUGGAAGCUAUUCGAGUGACAUGAGUUACUCAUCAGGGGGCAGAUAUUCGCAGUAUGAUUACUACGGAUAUGCCACUUCGGAUUACGGUCAGUAUGGUUACCCGCCUCCACCUUCCCAGGGAAGUACAUAUGUGGCAUCAACAGCACCCGCGACAAUGGCAACUUCAUCGUCAUGGGUUCCUCCACCUCCUCCAGAAGAAAAACCGAACGCACCUCCACCACCUCCCUCUCGGAAACCAACAAUGGACGAUAUAGAAAUGUGGGAUGAUGAAGCAGAUUUGCUACCGCCCCCGAUAAAAGCUCCAUCCACACCUCCGGAAGCGCCACCAGAGCCAAAUGCAGAGCCCGGCAAUGAUGACGAAAAUAGUGGAUCUGCUUUGGAUUUGGACACGAGGAUUGCGCUUAUGUUCAAGGAAAAAAACUUUGGUGCGGCACCUUUCCUUCAGUUGAGUGACGCCGAAGACGAGGACAAGAAAGAGGAAGGUGAAGUUUCGGAAAAACUAAGAAAGGUGAAAAUUAAAGAAGAAGUGAAGGAAGAACGUCCACCUAGUCCACCCGAAGAAGUGCAGGUCAAAAAAGAAAUUAAACUUGAACCGCCCAAAGAGGAAGGGGCUAGCGAUAUUUCCUCAAGCGAGGAUGAAAUUCUUGCUAAGGAAAGUCCUCCACCGCCAGUAAAGCCACCCAUGGAAGACAUUAUUAAACGAGACAACGAUCAAAUGUCACUAUCAAGUUUGUCAUCGCACGACGACAAAAAUGAUGACUCAAAGGCACCACCUCUACCACCGGAACCUGCUCCUGAUGCACCUCCGCCACCGGAACCGAGCGAUGCAUUUGCGUAUGUUUAUCCUCCAGGCAUAGCUCCCGGUAUGGGAUAUCCUCCGGCACCACCCGGAACCGAUCCUUCGUACUACUACUCUCAAUCGUAUUCUCAGAGCUCGUAUCAGCAAUAUCAAUCCGGAUACUAUCAAAACAGCUACAUGCCUUACAUGACGGGUUUUACCGGCACUUACCCGUACCAGGUCCCUCAGUCUCAACCGUACUACUCACCUAGCAAGAAAAAUUCCGGCUACAACGAAGAACGUUCCCGUUCCUACUGUGCCGGAAAAGAGCGAGAACAAAAGAAGCGGAAUCGUUACGAUGACGCUAUUACAGCGGUAAUAGAGCGCGUAACGGCAGAACUGAAGCAAAUAUUGAAGAAAGAUUUCAACAAGAAAAUGAUUGAAAGCACAGCUUACAAGAAGUACGAAGCUUGGUGGGACGAAGAGGAGUUGAAAAGCAAGGGUAAGGACCGAAAUGUUUUGAACGACAUAACACCGCUCGGUGCUGCAAAACUGGACAAAGCUCCAGACAUUAAUCAGCUUCUGAACCAAACAUACGACAACCUUGACAGUAAUAGCAGCUAUUUGGGAUUGGGAUUACGGGCGACUAUCCCAAAGAUGCCUAGCUUUCGUAGAAUACCGAAGCAACCAAGUCCUGUACCGCAGGAUGAAGAUUCCAGGCGAAGUGAUCAGGAAGAUAUGGUACAGGGAUCGGAUACAGAGAAAGAUAGUGAAACACAAAGUAACACGCCUCAGUCAAGAGCCAGAACUCCACCUCCGUCUGGAUCUUCGGCGAAUGUCGCCAUUUCAAGAACGUCUUCCACUUCAGUCGUUUCAUGUGCCGAAAAACGGAAAGCCAGUGUUUCAUCCUUUUUCACUUCAUCGAGUGAGGAAGAGAGCAGUGCCAGUGAUACGGAGGACAGUACAGAUUCCGGCUCGCUUUCGGACGUGGAAAUGUCCUACACCAAUCGAAAGCAGCAGCAGCAGUCCUCAUCUCGUGAGAAACGUGACAAGCGAAUAUACUCAGACUCUGAUAGUGAUGAAGAACCAGAACAAAGCGGUAACAAAUUUCCCCUUCCGUCCAGCAGUGCUGGUUCUCGUAACAAAACAAACAUAUAUUCCGAUUCAGAUUCUGAUGAAAUAAGCAAACCACCAGUCAAAGAAGUUCUUCCCUCGAUCUCAACCGAAAAAGCUCGCAGCAGAAGCCCGGAUAAUGAUCGGCAAGCAUCUUCUCGGGGAGCAAGAACUCCGCCACAUCCCCCGCCACCGGAGCCUUCGACAAUGUUACCCUUAGAUCAGUUACACGAGGAUCUCUCACCAGACGUUGACGAAAGUUCUCCACCGCAGCAGCCUCCACGAACACCUGGACGAGAAUCUCCAAAGAAGGCUCUCUACGAAUUGGAUCGAAUUUACAGCGAUUCCGAUGAAGAGCGCGAAUAUCAAGAAAAGCGACGAAGAAAAGCCGAAUAUCUGGAACAAAUAGAGCGUGAGUUCCAGGAGGAACAGGCAUUGUUGGCACUAGAACACGAGCAGCGAGCAAAAGCUGCUGCUGAAGCACCACCACCACCGCCACCUGUCGUCAUUAAAUCCCCCGCCAAAGGCACCAGGAACAACAGGAAAAAUACAGCAGUUUCUGUACUGGAGAAAACUCCAAGUUACGACGAUCCUAUAACUCCGCUCACCAGUCAACCGCCACCCACACCAGGUGCCAGUUUGCUUGACACGUGUAAGGAUCCAUUAGCUUCCGCGCUGAUUAAAAGCAGUCCAACUACUGGCAGAAAAAAGAAAACAGAAAAAGCAACCAAGUCGAAAGCGAAAGGAGGUCGCAAAACAAAAGACACUAACGGAGUUCCACCCAGCAUCGUUCCACAACCAGAAAUAUCACCGACCCCGGUGGAACCAGUACAUAUUGCUUGUCCACCACCUGUCACAGCACCACCACCCAUUACCGCCGUGCGUCCUUUAUCAACAACAAUCCUCAGCAGCACUCCACGACUCAGCUCGUCCGACGAUUUCUUCUCGGCCGACGAGGAAGCGGCAGCACGGCGAGCAGCAAAAGCAUCGCCUGCCUCAUCCGAUGGCGGAUCCAGCCAAGCUAGUCAGGUGGCCCUUGAUCACUGUUAUUCGCUUCCACCAUCGGCGUCACCGUCGUCAUCGUCACCGCAUCCGCAGUCAGAUUCAUCAGCGCCGGUCGCCAAAUCUGCUAACAAAUACGCUCCCUCGUCCGAUGCGUUGGCACACGAUCAUGGCUAUACGAACAGUGACGACGCAAUGGGAGGUCCCGUUCUUCCAGGUACGCCGACAGCAGCAACUACAAUACCACUGCAUCCCACAAUUCCUGCAGCGUCAUCGGAAGCAAUGCCCCUGGCGGUUAUUUCAACGCCACCUUCAGCAACUCGUCCAGUCGGACGCCCCAAAAAGGACCCAAAUGCACCAAAGACCAAGCACAAAAAGCGUACCGAAAAGCAAGAGAAAGUCGCUGCUGGUAAACUAGCAGCUGCAGCUGCGGCGGCCGUGUCGCAAACGUUAAUACCCUACGGCAGCUCAUCGUUUGUACCUGUUGGCAAGUAUCGCGAACGGGACAUCCGCUCGGAAAUGGCAGUAUUGUACGACUUCUUAACCCGUGGCAUCGACGCCGAAGAUGUUCAGUACAUCAAGCAAAGCUACGAACUGCUUCUGAGCGAUGACGCAAACAAUUACUGGCUAAACGCCACGCAUUGGGUCGAUCACUGUACGACGGAAAGAAGUUUUCUCCCUCCACCGACGAAAAAGCGAAAGAAAGACAAAGAAUCCGUAUCGGACAUCAAACAACAUUCAACGGGAUCGGCCCGAACUCAAGGUUUCUAUAAGAUCGACCCUCGAGAGAAAGCCAAAUACAAAUACCAUCAUCUUAAGGGCACUCCGGCAGCUAACCAUUUGAACAACAUCGAAACUGCAAAGGCUGCCACAAAAAUGCAAGGUCUGUCGCGAGAGGCCCGCUCAAAUCAGCGACGUUUGUUGACGGCAUUCGGUGCCAGUACCGAGUCGGAAUUGUUGAAGUUCAACCAGCUGAAAUUCCGUAAAAAACAGCUCAAAUUUGCCAAAUCCGCCAUUCACGAUUGGGGAUUGUUUGCGAUGGAACCGAUCGCGGCUGACGAAAUGGUAAUCGAAUAUGUCGGACAAAUGGUGCGACCCUCGGUAGCUGACUUGCGGGAGACCAAAUACGAGGCCAUCGGGAUAGGUAGUUCGUACUUGUUCCGGAUCGACAUGGAAACUAUCAUCGAUGCCACCAAGUGCGGCAAUCUGGCAAGGUUCAUUAAUCAUAGCUGCAAUCCCAACUGUUACGCCAAGGUCAUCACAAUCGAAUCGGAGAAGAAGAUUGUUAUUUACUCGAAACAACCGAUCGGAGUGAACGAAGAAAUCACAUAUGAUUAUAAGUUUCCAUUGGAGGACGAAAAAAUUCCAUGCCUGUGUGGGGCGAAUGGUUGUCGUGGUACACUCAACUAAGUGGAAAGGAUAUAUCGUUUGUGGGUUCUUUUUACAACGAGAAUGCUCAUAUUGAAAUUCUAGCUGAGACAAGCGUAAGGAUGAUAGUGACUACAAGAGUGAUGAAACAUCUUAAUAGGGAUUUGAUUUGCUUUAUUAAACAUAGGGACGGAAAUUUUGCUUCGAAGCUUUAUUUCGACACGGAAUUAGCACCCGGAACAAAUGGGAGAAAAGAAAUAGCGACAGAAACUUUUUGUACAUCAUUGUCAUGUAUGUAGAUAGGUGAAUUUUUGUUUCAACAUUAUCAGCGAGCUGUUAGUAGUACUACCAAUCAAAGAAAGGGGCACUGUUGUUCGCUGUCUGCAUUUCCUGUUUCAGGCAAGUCUUGUGUAAAUACCCUUGGUUUAAGAAUAUAUGCAACAUAAAAAUUA